CCGUGCCAAUUAUUUGGUUCCCUUCCCUUCCUCUUCCUUGUCCUGCCGAGAUCACUCCCUCGGGAACCGAUCCCCCUUCACUUAUAAACAAUAAAGUUGGGAUUUUUCUGUAAUUCUGGAUAAAUUGUGAGAUUCCCAGCGAAAUUUGUCCCCACUUUGAUUCUCCCUUUUCUUCUUCCCCCCUUUUAUUUUUAUUGCUGGUCUAAGAUUUCUGAGAAAAUUCUACGGUGCCCAGAAAAAAGAGCGAAGAAGAAGAAGCAGGGACAGUACAGCAAAAGAAAAGCAGAAAAGAGCUCCCUCUCUCUGCUUCUCUUUCUCUUCCUCUUUCUCUUUCUGAAUCUCUUAUUCUGCGUCUUUUCUGAACCAAAGCUCCUGUUAACGGCACCCCACCGCCAGUACCACUACCUCCGUUCCUUCGUUUUCUAACGUCGUUGCUUACGAGACGCCGAGCCUUCUCUUUUGACGAAGAAGGGGAAAAAAAAAACUCAUUUCUUUUUUACUUUGAAAGUCCUGCCUUGGAGGUUUCUUCUUCGUUGUUCGAUGGUCAUGGUGUUUGAAUAGUCCUCUGUUUCUGUGCAAUGUCGGCAUCGGCCAAGGUUCGGUUGGUUCGCUGUCCCAAGUGCGAUAAUCUCCUUCCCGAGCUCGCUGAUUACUCUGUUUAUCAAUGUGGUGGUUGUGGCGCCGUUCUUCGAGCUAAGCAUAAAGGUAAUGAAAGUGGUAGCUUGUCGGAGAAAUCUGACGAGGGGAAGAUUGUAGGAGAAUGUGCUAAAUCAGAAAAUUCUUCAGAUUUUGAUGUCAAGUCCAAUAGUGACUCGCCAAGGCAUAUUAAGCCAAAGGAUUCGGACAAAGAGAAUAAUAAGGGACACGAGAGAUUAUUGAGCCAAUCCAAGGAUUCCAUUGAGAAAGGAGACUCAGAGAAUGGUCUUGGCGUGAACAGGAAAAAAGAGGAAGCAGGUAAAGCGAUAGGAAGAGAGCAAGAAGAGUCUAAUUCUCAUAACACAGAUUCUGAAACCCGGUCCAAAUUUUCUGGGAGGAUGUCUGAUGGGCAGAAUGGGGAGAGAUGGGGAAACGAGGGAUUUUGGAGAAAGCUGAGAGCUGAUGUUGAAGGAGUGAGAUUUUCCGCUUCAAACUAUCCUGAUGAGGGCACUUCAAACAACUAUUCCAAUUUCUCCUUUGGGGAUCAAUGGAGGAACCACAAGGACAUGAAUGCCAUGGACGCAGUUCAGCACCUUGAGCAAGACCGAGCUGAGCUUCUCAGGAAACUUGAUGAGCUCAAGGAUCAGCUUACUCAGUCUUGUGAAGUUUCUAACAACCCAAAAGAGAAGAUCGGUGUAGAUGGAAGGAUGGGUCCUCCAGAUCCUUAUGGUGGCUCUGAUGCUUGGUUUCCUGAUGCAGCAUCUGGGUUAAACAGAACUUCUAGGCAAUUUCUUGGCCCCGAUAAACACAUGGCAGGCCCUUCUUAUUUCAACUAUCUUCGUGAUCCGUUUGCCUAUUCAAAUGGGCAAGACAUGAUGGGCAUGCCCAACUUCCAUCCUUCAAUGCAUAAUCCAAAUCAUAUUUCUGGAUAUGGGGAUCCUUAUGCCUCUCAAAUGCUGAGAAGAGGUCCACAUAAUUUAUCCCAUCAGUUCCCACAACAACCAUUGCAUCCUCACUUCCCCAGACAUUAUGCGGACUCCAAUCCUGAUUCAUAUGACCCAUAUAUGCAUAACACAAUGCUUCACCCGGCUUCUUGCUCCUGUUUUUGUUGCUAUGAGAACAAACGAAAAGCUUCAGUGCCAGUACCACCUGCUGCAUAUAUCAAUGGCAGAUACCCUGAUAACAUGAAUGAUCCUAUGUUAUACCGUCAUGAGAUCCUAGGUACGUAUGGUCCACAUGUGCAUAAUUCUAGACCCACCAUUCCUCCAGUGAGUUUCCAUGAGUCACAACCACAUCCAAGAUGGCCUAGCGAUUUAAACCCUGAAAUGGGUGGGUUUGCCCGAGGCCGCCCUCGAAAAGUAAUGUUAGCUACUGGUAGUCGGCGUUGCCAUCCUAUAGCAGGUGGUUCUCCAUUCAUCACAUGUUAUAACUGCUUUGAGCUUCUGCAGCUGCCUAAGAAAGUAUUGGUGAAAAAUCAUCAGCAGAAAGUGCAGUGUGGAGCAUGCUCUUCUGAAAUCAGCUUUGCUGUCAUCAACAAGAAACUAGUUAUUUCUCCUCAUUCAGAAACGAAAGGAAUACCUGCUGGGGUUGAUGAUGGCAUGAAUGUGGUUGCAAGUAGCCGGGUGUCACAUUCUCACGGUGCAAACUUCUCAUCUGAUGAUUAUUCUGGUUAUGAUUUUCACUCAGUGGAUAGAGAACCUGUUUCUUCUUUGCCUGCAGACCCAAGCUCCAACUCUAGCAAGCCUCAAGAGAUGCACAGUUAUCAUUCUUCAUCUCCGAGUACGUCUGAAGAUGAAAAUAGUCCUGAGGCCAUGAUUGCUCCCAUAGAGAUUACCAAGUCCAUUCAACCUAAAACUUCAUUGUCUACCCCACCUGCUGGCUCACCUCUUCAGGAGUAUUUUGAUUAUUCUAAUAAUAAUCAUACAGUAAACCGGUUUGGAAAAGGAAACCGAAGUAGUCGCUCAGAGCAAGAGAAGGUGAAAUCAGACAAGACUACAUCGCGACAAAAUUCUCUGAAAGAAACAGCAACUGCAACUGAGAUGGAUGUUCAUGAUUACUCCAACACUGGGGUGUCCCAGGACUCAGGUGAUGCAAGCCGAGAGCAUGAUCAUUCAAGAUCUAAAAAGGGAGGUGAAUCAUUUUUUGCAAAUAUCAAGAAAAGCUUCCGGGAUUUCUCCAGAUCUAAUCAAACAGAUAAUCGAAAUAGUAGCAGUGUUACUGUAAAUGGGCAUCCUAUACCUGAUCGUGUGAUUAAGAAGGCUGAAAAGCUUGCUGGACCAAUCCAGCCUGGGAAUUAUUGGUACGACUUUCAUGCUGGAUUUUGGGGUGUCAUGGGUGGUCCUUGUCUUGGAAUAAUCAUGCCAUCUAUCGAAGAAUUCAAUCAUCCCAUGCCAGAAAAUUGUGCUGGUGGAACAACGGGCGUGUUUGUGAAUGAUAGAGAGCUUCACCAGAAGGAUUUGGAUUUGCUUGCCAGCAGAGGGCUUCCCCUUGACCGAGAUAGAUCGUACAUCAUCGACAUUUCUGGGAGAGUCCGAGAUGAUGACACCGGCGAAGAGCUAGAUAGCCUCGGCAAACUUGCACCAACAGUGGAGAAGGUGAAGCAUGGAUUUGGCAUGAAAACGCCCAGAGCUGCUUCGUGAUGGAAGUGUAGGAGUAAGUUGUUUGCAUUAAAAAGGUGAAGUAUGGAUUUUGUUCCAUGUUUGUGCUGGUUUGUGGAAAAAUUUUGCACAGCCUGUGCCUGAGAUGACUCUGCGUGCAUGGGCUUGCUCUUGGAACGGACGUGUAAAAUGUGUAAAUUUAUCAUUUUGACAUUGCUGAUAAGGGAAGAAGAAAACUUAUUAGGAAGUUUCGGGGUUGAUUCUAUCCGGUAGCUCUAUGAAAACGUAAAAGCAACUCGUGUGUUAGGUUAACUGUUAUUUGAUCUAUAAAAAAUUGUAAAUCAAUUUGAUCAUCGUGUUGUGUUGUAUAUUGUUUUACAUGAAAAGAAAAGAGUGAGAUUUGUCCGGUAA